CAAAUUCUCUCUUAAAAAUGCAAACUGGUCUUUUAAUAUAUCAGGAAUUAUAAUGUUAUGCAUCGUAUAUUGACUUGUAGAAUGGCACCAGCUCAUCUCCAGAGCAAGCUUCGGCUUUACAGCAGCUGCAGGAGAUAAAUCACAACCUCCGCCUUGAGAUGGAGGCCCAAAAGAGGAGGCACGAGGAAGCCAGAGAAGCUGAACUACGACGAAGAAUCGACCUUGUAGCUCAGCAAGCACAGCUGCUGGUCACAGGAGAUGCCACGGCGCUCGCACAAGCCCACCUGGAGCAGGACCGUCGGCGGUUCCAGGAGCAGCAGGAGGAGUGGGAGCGAUGUGUGGCCUCGUUAAAGUCCCAGCUGAGCAUCAGUGAGGAGCAGAGGAAGGAGACCGAGUCCCGCUUGACACAGCUGCAGCAGGAAUUACAGAACUGCCAACAUCUCCAGGAGGAGGCAGAACAACUGCGGAUUAAUCUCCAAGAGGUGUCUGCUCAGCUUCAUGAUUACGAGGAUGCUCAGGCUCAAAAAGAAGCUCGACUGCAGAAACAUCUCAUGCUCCUGCAAGCAAGUCAGGAGAGAGAACGGAGAAGCCUGGCUGCCAGUCUGGCUCAAGCUGAACAACACUCCCAAGACCUUCAGGAGAAGUUGGACAAGGCAGAGCAGCAGGUGGAGAACCUCAGUAAGAGUCAGACAUGGACGAGGGAGAUAGAGGAGGCACAACAACAGCUUCAGGAGGAGCUGACCUGUACUGUAUCUGCUGUGCAGCGACUGCAAGAGGAACGAGAACAGUCCAAACAUCGCUGCCAAGAGCUGCAGAACCAGUUAUCAGAGGCAGACCAGGAGGUGAGCAGGCUGCAAGGUCGCUUGAAAACAGACGAAACUCACUACUACAACCUGGAACAUUCCUAUGAGAGAGUCUGUGAGGAGCUGCAGGUGGCGUUAGGGAAGGUGCAACAAAGAGAGUCUGAAACACAGGAAAUACGAGAAGGCUACGAGAGACUCCUAGACAGGAAGGAGCAGGAGCUGAGUGAGGUUUUGCUAAAGAUGGAAGUCUUGGGUAACAGCUUGGAAGAGACGGAACUUAAACUAAAUGAAGUGAUGAAAGUCUGCAACUGCGGCUCUUCUCAACAGAAAGAGGAGACCUCAGAGUAUCUUCAGCAUAAUGACAGACUACAGCAAACAACUGAGCCAAAUGAAAGCAGGACAGAGGAAAUAGAGAGUUGCCAGACGUCUAAUAGCUCUCAUAAGAAUUCAAGAAGACGCUCUCGAUCAGUCGAUGCAUCGUACCAGUACAUUGUCACUGCAGGAGAUGGUCCAGAAAGGUUCAUGUCUGUUAUCCAGCUACUUGAAACCAAGCUUUACGUAACAGAGGAGAAACUAAGGGACAUUACGCAAAGGCUGGAGGAACACCAGAGUCACAUCAGCUGCCAGGACCCCCACCUCUGCUCCCAGCUGACCCAGAGCCGAGCCACCGCCCAGCACCUCAGUCUGCUGCUGCACAGUCAGGCAAAGCAGAACCAUCGCUUUGCCCAGGAGACGGAGAACCGCUGCAGGAUGCUAGUCGGCAGGUUCCAGGUCGCUCUGAACAUCAUACAGGCCUGCAGGGAGAGGCUUCAAGCUCCCGCCAUUAAUAUUCCAGAUUGUGAGAGGCAGCUAGCCACUGUUGUUGCUUGUCUUCAGCAGGGGGAGAAGGAUGCAGAGAAACAACAGCAUGAAUCUUAUAAUGCCUGCAGAGGAGAGGGCAAAAUCCUGAAUGAUGAGAAACUAGCUGAGAGUAUAAAAAGUGACACACAGCCCUCAGCGGAUGACAUAGAAAGUAUCGAGAAGUGGUUAAAGAGGGAAUUAUUUGUAGUAGAGAAAAUGAUGUCUGUGCUUCAGAGUCAACGUCGUGUUUUCCAGCUGUCCUUAGUAUCAAAGGAGAAUGAGGGAGAUGUCAUGCACAGGUACAAAAACAUAAUCACCCAAAGAACAGCAUUAAAAAGAGAAGAAAGGAUGCAAUCUGGGAGAACCGACUGUGUCAGUGAUGAAACUUUACAGAGUGCAAUCAGCAGAGUCUGUGCUGAUGCAGAGCUCAUUUAUGCUGCCUUAAAAUGCCAGCAACAACAUGAAAAUCUGACUCAAGUAGAUAAUCAAGACGUUCAAAGGGAAGGAUUGGCAGAUAUCAGUCCACCGGAGUUGGCUCAUUAUGAGGAGCCAGUGGAUGGUUUAAAAGAAGCUGCAAAACCAGUGAAAUCUGAAGACAAAGAGGUCGACUCAGAGAAGGAACUGAACUGGUUAGAGAGGCUCAUAUCCAGGCUGCAAACAAGAGCUAAAUUCUUACGCCAAGUCUGCCAAGAGAUCCCAGAUGAUAAAAGAGCAGUCAGCGAUUGCAGUCAGAACCAUAACGUGGAAAACUCUUCUGAACUGGAGUUAAAUUAUAUGCAGGAGCAGGCGAAGUUAAUUUACUUGUCAGACAGGCUCUACCUGGAUUUAGAGCAGGAGAUUCAGCAAAGUGAGACGUUACAGACCAAACUGCAAAGUCUGUGCAAAGAGCAGAACAUGAACUUAAUGGACGAGCAGGAGGCUUUUAAUCAAACCUUAUGUCAGCUGCAGGAGGACAACAGUGAACUUAGAGAAGAACUAGAGCGAGCUGAGCAAAAGAUUAUAACUGUACAAACUGGAAACCAGAGACUGCUGGAAGACAUACAGAAGAUUGAGGAUUUUCACGAGGAACGGAUGCAAAAACUGGAAGCAGAUUUUCAAGAGAAGAUAAGGGAACUGCAGCAGAUCCAUGAGGAGGAGAUGAAACACUUGCAUGGUCAUUACAUCAAGUCUUGUGUUUCCAAAGAGAAAUCACCUUGUUUCAUGGAAAGUACAUCCCACCUACCAGACCAGAGCAGCAUCCUGAAGCUGGGAGGUGAUGCAGUGGCCAUGAGGGAGGCUUAUCAGAAAGAUCUGGAAAAACUCCAGGCCUCCUGUGACAAGGGUUUCGCUACUAUGGAGGAAACACACAGGAAGCUGUUAGGAGAUUUAAAUCAGCAGCAUCAGAAAGAGGUGGCUGAGCUUCAGAGGGAGAAAGACCAGCUCCUACAGGAGGAGACAGCUGCCACAAUGGCAGCCAUCGUAGCAAUGCGAAGGGCUCACAAACAGGAGCUGGAGAGAAGCCGACAGUCUCAGCACAUCAGAGAAAAUUCAGACUUCACACAGCUCCACAUCGAAUAUGAGAAGGAGAUCCAAUUAUUGCAGAAGGAGCUGGAGGUUCUGUCGGUUCAGCACACCGAGAAAUGCCUGGAAAACACUCAGCUGAGCCAGGAGCUGCAGGACGAGAGAAAAUCACUGGUGCUGUAUCAAAAAGAAAACCAGGAGCUCAAAAAGAAACAGAGAGACACAGAUGAAAUGUCUCCGCUGCAUUUCUCACUGAAUGGGAAUCAAUCACAUGUUGACAGCUCAUAUGAGAUGGAGGUGAUUCUGCGGGCCAGAGAGGCUGAGAUGCAGUUUCUUAGACAUGAAGCUCAAUCUCUCAGAGAGGAGCUGAAGAUUGCUCGAAUGGACAAAGUAUACGCCCAGAGUAAGCUCCAGGCCCUUUAUACAAGCAGCCAGAGGGAAGCUCAUCAACACGAUGCAAAUUUUAAAUCUGGCACUUGGUCUCCAAACAAAGACCCUUCAGGACAGAGCCACGAAAACACAGCGAUAAACUCACACAGCUCUGCUUUUAUGAAGAAAGCGGAGAAAUCGUCCCUCCUGCGGCAAAUAAGAGGAGUUCGAUCAAAGAGUUUAAAAGAAGGCCUUUCCAUCCAAGAAAGAAUGAAGUUGUUUGAGUCUUUCUGAAAAGAAUUGGCUGCUGGCAUCUGCUGUUUCAAUACAUAUCUGCCAUUAAAUGUAACUUUCCUUGUUAUACAGUGUACAUUAUAUUAUGUAUAACCUUUUUACUGUGUAAAAAAUUGAUUUGUUGUCGUGUGUGAGUAGAAGCAGCAGAAAACCACCAGAGGGAGCAACAAGCACAGAUUUUUUUUAGAUGUGCAUUCAGUACCUGUUAAAAUAUAACAAAUUAAUCACAGUGAAAUUACAUUCACAUUUUACUUUACAGUUCAGUACAUCAUGCUGUGAUUGUGUAGCUUGGAGGCAACUGUUCAGGUUUUUAUGAAAAUGUAACUCAGCGUAUUGAAUCAAUAUUUGCAUUAAAAUUUGGUUGUUAACAUUUUGUACCACUAGAUGUAGAAUUAUUCAGCAUUUACUGCAACUUCUGAAACUUGUAUCAAUUUCUUAAGAUGUGUUAAAAGCAGACAUUAAUUCAUGACAUUUGCAUGUAGCUCACUACUAUCUGAAAAUAUUGGACAAAAAUAAUGAUUUAUAUUCUGACUUAUUUCACUGAUAAUAAAGUAUUUGCAUAAGUCGA